AUGACGCACAGGGCCGAUCUCCCGAACCCCAAAGUGCAGCGCUUCGUCCGAGCAGCGUUCACCCCACUUCCGGCCUUUUGUGCACAACCCCCUACUCUGUGCUACACCGUGCGGGCACACAUGAACAACCCCGUCGCGUGGCAGCUAUGGGAUGUAGAGGCUCUCGAGCUUGCCCGCAAGCACAAUCGCAUGAUCUUCCUCAGCAUUGGUUAUUCAGCCUGCCACUGGUGUCAUGUCAUGGAAAAAGAGUCUUUUAUGUCCCCCGAGGUGGCUGCUAUUCUUAACGAGUCCUUCAUUCCGAUCAAGGUGGACCGAGAGGAGCGCCCGGAUAUCGACGAUAUCUACAUGAACUAUGUGCAAGCGACCACCGGCUCGGGUGGAUGGCCCUUGAAUGUCUUCCUGACUCCAAACCUGGAGCCUAUUUUCGGAGGUACAUAUUGGCCGGGCCCUAACUCAACAACAUCGCAGGGUCCCGGUACAACUGGCUUUGUGGAGAUUCUGGAGAAAUUGAGCGAUGUCUGGCAAACUCAGCAGCAACGGUGCUUGGACAGUGCAAAGGACAUCACAAAACAGUUGCGGGAGUUUGCUGAGGAGGGAACGCAUUCCCAACAUCCAGAACGUGAAACUGACGAGGACCUGGACAUCGAACUCUUAGAAGAGGCAUACCAACACUUCGCCUCAAGAUACGACUCUAUCAACGGCGGCUUCGGACGAACACCUAAGUUUCCCACACCUUCGAACCUCGGCUUCCUGCUGCGACUGGGUGCGUAUCCUAGUCAGAUUUCUGAUGUUGUGGGACAAGAUGAGUGUGAGAAGGCGACUGCAAUGGCUGUGACUACAUUGGUAAACAUGGCGCGCGGUGGUAUUCGAGACCAUAUUGGCCAUGGAUUCUCCCGAUACAGUGUCACCACCGAUUGGAGCCUGCCACAUUUUGAAAAGAUGUUGUACGACCAGGCUCAGCUAUUGGAUGUUUACGUGGAUGCCUUCCGACUGACCCAUGACCCGGAGCUGCUGGGUGCUGUCUAUGACCUUGCUGCCUAUUUGACAACCACUCCCUUACAAGCACCGACGGGAGGUUUCUACUCCUCAGAAGAUGCGGACAGCUUUCCUAGCCCUAACGAUACAGAGAAACGGGAGGGUGCUUUCUACGUAUGGUCCCUGAAGGAACUCACCCAGGUUCUGGGUCCUCGAGAUGCCCCAGUUUGUGCCCGCCAUUGGGGUGUACUCCCGGAUGGAAACGUCGCGGCUGAGUACGAUCCACAUGAUGAAUUUAUGAACCAGAACGUCCUUUCUGUCCGAGCAACACCGAGCAAGCUGGCCAAGGAUUUCGGACUUAGCGAAGAAGAGGUGGUUAAGAUCAUUAAAGGCGGAAAGCAAAAGCUACACGAUCACCGGGAGAAAAGGAGGGGGCGGCCCGACCUUGACGAUAAGAUCAUUGUUGCCUGGAAUGGAUUGGCGAUCGGUGCGCUGGCCAAGUGUAGUGUCUUAUUCGAAGAGAUCGAGAGCUCGAAGGCCACUCAAUGUCGCGAAUCUGCCGCCCGUGCAAUUAGCUUCAUCAAAGAUCACUUGUUUGACAAGACGACGGGGAAGCUGUGGCGCAUCUACCGGGAUGGACAACGUGGUGACACUCCAGGUUUCGCGGAUGACUAUGCAUACCUGACUGCCGGACUUCUGGACAUGUAUGAGGCCACUUUUGAUGACAGCUACCUACAAUUUGCCGAGCGUCUGCAAAAAUACCUCAAUGAGUUUUUCCUCGCGAACACCGGCUCUACCGCUGCUGGCUUCUAUAAUACGUCGUCUGAACUGAUCCCUGGCAUGCCUGGCCCUCUUCUACGAUUGAAGACGGGCACUGAGUCUGCCACGCCGUCUGUCAACGGUGUCAUUGCACGAAACCUGCUCCGUCUGGCCGCAUUACUGGAGGAUGAUAGCUACCGAAGCCUGGCCCGACAAACAUGCAACUCCUUCGCCGUGGAGAUCAUGCAGCACCCGUUUUUGUUUGUGGGACUGCUGGAUGUCAUCGUCGGUUUACAGAUCGGCACUCGCACCGUGACAGGUGUGUUUUGCACCGCCGAAAUCUCCACAGGCUCCGCGCCUCACGGAAACAGCCUCGUAGGCCGCAAGGAUCAGCCUCUAUCGGCACGCGACCUGAUCAUUCAGCGGGUGCGGCGCGAGGCUGGUGCAGGGCUGCUGUCGUCCAUCACAGCCGCAUCGGUGGUGGAUAUUCGCCCGUCACACUUGAAGGACUUUGUGGGCAACCAGUCCUUCUGGCUGAAGUCGCGCAACCCUCUCUUCAAGGAUUUGAAGGCGGCCGACCCGGCUAAGAACUACCUUCUAGUGUGUGAGGCCGGCCGAUGCAGAACUAUGGACCUUUAG